AUGCACUCAGACGAGCAACACGCCAUGUUCUCACAAGAGUUGAUAAAUGCAUUGAUGUUGACAGUGGAAUUUUUGAAAAUUUAUUAUUAUAAAGCAUUGCAGGAUAAUAGACGGAAUUUUCCUGCCUCAAACGCUCAAGUGCACUACAAUAUCACGAAUGCAGAGAUUGCUGAUCGUCCGGCAAUAGAUGAAGUAUCGUAUAUAGAUUUCGAUCCUGCACCCACAUCCUCUUCCAAAAAGCCGAACGUCUGCAAAGACUGCACCUGCGGGCUUGGAAGAAAGAGACGGAUUGUUGGCGGCAACGUGACAAGUAUUUACGACUAUCCCUGGCUUGUUAGUAUGACUAAGAAAGGAACCUUUUACUGUGCCGGAAGUGUAAUAUCACGUAAGCAUAUUUUGACAGCAGCGCAUUGUUUGCAAGGAUUUGAUAUUAAAACUAUCAAACUUGUCUUAGUGGAUAGCGAACGUCCUUCGAUAAGCAGCAACGCUAUAGUUCGACAUAUUAAAUCGGCAACCAUUCACGAAAACUAUCGUGCUUCUGCUUCUUUUAAUAAUGAUAUUGCUAUCAUAGAAAUGGAUCAGCCUGUAUCUAUAAAUGAUGUCGUGCGAACAGCAUGUUUACCUGAAGACAGAACUAUCGAUUAUACGGGAGCGAUUGCCACUGUAGUUGGAUGGGGUCGAACGGGGGAAAACAAACCAGUAAGUAACGACCUGCGAAAAGUCAAUUUACCGAUCUUGUCAAAAGAGGAAUGCGAUCAAGCCGGAUAUGCGAAAAACCGCAUCACCGAAAAUAUGUUCUGUUCUGGUUACCUCGAUGGAGAACGCGACGCCUGUUUUGGAGAUAGCGGAGGACCAUUACAUGUCAAAGGAGUUUAUGGACAACUUGAAGUAAUAGGCAUCGUUUCAUGGGGUCGUGGUUGUGCAAGGCCAAAUUUUCCUGGAAUAUACACCAAGUUAACAAACUAUAUUGAAUGGCUUAAAGAUAACUUAGGUGAUGAGUGCAUUUGUCCACCACUGCAUCAAGAACAAAACUAACACUUGGUAUAACAUAUUAUAAUUAUCAUAGAAGAAAAGUAAAUGUCAAAUUAGCAUUACGCUAUUUUUAUUUGAGUAUUAUAAACCUAUGAGGAAAAUAUUUUCAUCUUUCUAAGUUAAUAUUUGUGUGAUAAUUGGCUAUUAAUAUAUAAUAUACUUUUUAUAUUUCAAAUUAGUUUGAUAUUUAACGCGCGCGAGAUUCAUAUUAUAUACUGCAAACGUAUAUAAAGAUUAUAUCUAGUUAUUUUAUUAUAGAAUUAUAUAUAUAUUGUAAAAAUCUGCGUUAUAUUAAUGUAUAAUAUAUAUUUAUUUAUAUAUAAUAUUACAUAUAUCUAGUCCAGAAAAAUUGUAUAUAAUAAAAUAUUUAUAUUAUAUAUUGCGAUAUUAUAUAUUGUAAUACAAAUGUCUUGUUAAAUAACAAGAGAUGUAUAAUAACAAAAAGCAUAAAUAGUUCUUAUUUACUCAAUAUAUUGUAUAUAAAGUUGUCAGAAUUAUAAAUAAUUUAUUAUCAAAUGUGUUCUCUACUGU